AUGUCAACAGCAAGACUGCUAACAAAAUCGCCAAAAGACAUCGUGAUCCUCUCAGCCCUCAGAACUCCAGUGACAAAGGCUAAAAAGGGUGGGCUAUCCAAGUUGUAUCCAGAAGAACUGCUCUACAAUGUCUUGAAAGGCUCAAUUGAGCGUUCCAAAGUGGAUCCGUCCUUGGUUGAUGAUAUCUUGGUUGGUGCUGUGUUGCAAACACUCGGUGGUCAGAAAGCGAGUGCUUUGGCUGCUAAAGCCGCUGGCUUCCCAAUAAAAACCACUAUAAACACGGUGAAUAGACAAUGUGCAUCUUCUGCUCAAGCUCUUAGUUAUUUGGCUGCCUCGAUCCGCUCUGGUGAUAUAGACUUUGGUAUUGCUGCUGGUGUGGAAUCAAUGACACAUGAUUAUUUCCCACAUAGAGGAAUCCCAACUAGAAUUUAUGAGCCAUUCAAGAAACAAGCAUCUUCUGAAGCUCAAAAUGUUUUGAUGCCAAUGGGUAUAACUUCUGAAAAUGUCGCAUCCAAAUACAACAUCUCAAGAAAAGAUCAAGAUGAGUUUGCAUUGAAGUCUCAACAAAAAGCAUUCAAAGCUACUGAGUCUGGUCAUUUCCUAAAAGAAAUCAUUCCAGUGGAAGCUAGGGUCUCUGAAGAAGGCGAACCUGAAGAAUAUAAAACCAUCUCAAAAGACGAUGGUGUAAGAGGAAAUGUCACUUUGGAAAAAUUGUCAACAUUGAAACCUGCGUUCUCGGAAACAGGAACUACAACUGCAGGUAAUGCUUCACAGAUCAGUGAUGGUGCAAGUGCUGUGAUCUUAACUACUAGAGAGAAUGCUGAAAAGAAUGGUUUGAAACCUAUUGCCAAAUUCAUUGGGAGCUCUGUUGCUGGGGUUGAAUCUCAUUUAAUGGGGAUGGGUCCAGCUGUAGCUAUCCCAAAAUUAUUGAAUAGAUUUGAUUUAACAAAAGAUGAUAUUGAUAUCUUUGAGCUGAAUGAAGCAUUUGCAUCACAGUCAUUAUACUGCAUUAGAGAACUAGGGCUUGAUGAAACUAAAGUAAAUCCUUAUGGUGGUGCUAUUGCUCUUGGACAUCCAUUAGGUGCUACUGGUGGAAGAGUCAUCAGCACAUUGAUCAAUGGGUUGAAAACUCAAGGUAAGCAGUUAGGUGUAGUCUCCAUGUGUACCAGUACUGGUCAAGGAUAUGCUGGAUUAUUUGUCAAUGAAGAGUAA